UCAAGUUUUUUUAAGAUUCUAUUUGAUUCAAAAUGUCCUCAAGUAAUCCUCAUUAUGAAGCAGAUCCUAAAGCUUUUCGUCGCACCAAGGAGAACGGGCGCGAUGUGAUCAUUGUUAAACCUAGAGCUCUCAACAUUGUUUGGGGGAAUGAUGACCGCUAUUGGAACGUACCAGGUCCAAGAGACGAUGGCAAGCCUGCAGAACUGCUGCAGGUAUCUUGGCUUGAAGUAGCUGGUUCUGUGGAUGCUGAUCCUCAAAAGACAUAUGAUGUGAGCUUCAGGGUGUCUCUAACUCCAGAUGCAUUUGGAUGGGGUAGUUAUCCUAUCUACAUUAUGGUGAAGAGAGGCAAAUUUGGAAAAUUUGAUUGGAAAAAGGUUUACUUGACAAACUGUGAUGGCAUAAAUCGAAUUCACUUAACAGGGAAGUCAGUUCAGAAUGGUAGGGAAAAGCAAGGCUCGACAGAUAGAAAACUGUACUUUGGCAUGUAUGAAGUUUGGAGUGGGAAGUGGAAAGGUGGCCUCAAAAUCCAUGAUGUGACGAUUAGGGAAGUGUGAGAGUGGUGAAGAGUCGGAUUCUGUCUUUCCAAUGGCAUCAAUUGCUGCAUUUCUAUACAUGUUUUUCAUAUCAUAAAGGAUGAGUGAGUUUUGAUUGUUCAGAGUAGACCAACAAUGGCAAUAAAAAAUACCGCAUCUUGAUGAGUUUGCUAUAUAUGGGUAUAUAGUUACAGACUUGUGUAUCUUCUGGAUCACUAAAUUGUAUUUUGAAUAAGAUGACAAUUGUUCAUGGAGCUUUACUUGAUGUAAUCUCUGAUGAGGUCAAUAAGAACAAAUUCUUGAGUUUU